AUAAAGCACUACAUGUUUAUAUACAUAUAUAUAGAAGACCUUGCUUGAGAAACUUAUUUCAAGAUUUGGUGGAUCAUUCAAGAAACACACACAUCUUCAACUUCUUGAAAGAAAAAAAAUAUCAAAACUUCAAUGAAGAAGACAAUGGAGGAGCCAAGCAAGAUCAUGAGAAGAUCAAUCCACACUUUCCUCAAACACUACGAGCGAGCCACCACCGCAGCCGCCCUUGUCCUCCCUUUCUCAGCCGCUCUCCUCCUCUCUCAGCCCUUCUUCUCUUCUUCCUCUUCCUUCCUUCAUGGGAAGCUAAACAUGCUCUUCCGCGGUGCUGGUUUCUCUUCUUCUCUUGACUUCUUCAACAUUCUAAGCCUUAAACUCUCACAAACCCUCUCUUCCUCUUUGUUCACUCUCCCUUUCUCCCUCACUUUCCUCCUCUUCUCCAAAGCUUACAUCAUCAAACUUCUUUCAAACAGCCAUGGAGACUCCUCUCUUUAUUACUUCCGUCUUCUCCGAACUUACAUUUGGAACUCCUUCUUCCUUCUCUCCGCAAACGCCUCUGCUUUUGCUCUGUUCUUCGUAGCAUUCAAUCUCAUUGAAUCCUUUGGACUCUCUUCAAGAAACUUCUACACUCUCUUCUCCUUAUCCUCAGCCAUUAUAUACUCCAUCAUCCUCGCAAACGCCUUUGUCAUCUCCAACCUAGCGUUGAUUUCAUCAACUUCCUCUUCCUCAGGAGGAUACACAACAAUCCUCAAGGCGUGUCUUCUCAUCCGAGGAAGAACUUCAACAGCAUUGGCUCUUUCUCUGCCUACUAAUCUCGGCUUAGCAGGCGUGGAAGCUCUGUUUCAGUACAGAGUAGUUAGCUCUUAUUACAAAGGAGACAGAGACAUCACCUCCAUAGCUCUCGAAGGAACGUUCAUAGCUUACUUAUACGCUCUCUUCUUGGUUCUUGACACCAUAGUCAACUUUUUAUUUUACCAAAGCUGCGUCAAGAACGAUGAGGAUCAGAAGAUAGGUAGAGAAGACGAGUACUCUAUCAAGAUUCAAAUCAGUGAGACAGAGAACACCAAGAUAUGCAUCAAAGGACCAAAGAGUUUCCAGGAAAUCUUGUGAUUUUCUUUAAAGAGAUUAUUGAUUCUUUAAAAAAUACUCUUCAGGUAGCUUUCACUUCAAAGAAGGGCAAAGGUAGACGGUGGAGAACAAUCAAUCACAGGAUCUGCAAACUUCUCUCAUUCCGCUUUUGUUUCUUUAUUUUAGUUAUUACAUUUUCCUCUUUUACUUGUCAUCAUGUAAAGUCAGUCACAUAUCAGAAACUAUAAUUAAUGCCAAUCUUGUAAUUCACAUUUGGUUAAUCCUACAGUGGAGUUUCAUU